CCAGGAUACUGGUAUCCCUGGGCGGCAGUCCUGCAUUAAACAGUGUUUCCAAGGUGGAAGGGAGGUCAUUUGAACGCCUCGAGACCCCCGGCUGCAAGGAGUGGCACCUUCCUCACAUCACUCAUUUCUUUCCCGCUCUGGUCCCAGUGGUUCCAGUCAACGGGCAGGACUGGAGGGGCCCGGAAGAGGCGCCGUGCACUUCCGGGUCGAAGAGCGUACGGCGGCGGCGGCUGCGGCGGCGGCCGGGCCUAACAGCGACUCUCGGUCGGGUAGCGGCGGCGAGCGCUCAGGAGCGGCUGCGGGACGCGAGGUUUCCGGAGCUGAGCUCAAUGUGCAGCAAUGGAUGACGACAGCCUGGAUGAGCCUGUGGCCCGGAGCCCAGGGCCGGAUGGAUGCCCACAGGUCGGCCCUGCGGACCCGGCAGGUGACUUUGAAGAAAGCAGCGAGGGCAGCAGUGGGGACUCUGGGGACGACAGCGACAGCGAGCAUGGAGACGGCACAGACGGAGAAGACGAGGGGGCGUCUGAGGAGGAAGACCUGGAAGACAGAUCUGGUUCCGAGGAUUCUGAAGACGACGGGGAGACAUUGCUGGCGGUGGCAGGUACUCAGGGGAAACUGAAAGCUGCCGGCUCUUUUAAUUCUGAUGAUGAUGCAGAGAGCUGCCCAAUCUGUCUCAACACAUUCAGAGACCAGGCCGUGGGGACGCCGGAGAACUGUGCCCAUUACUUCUGCCUGGACUGCAUUGUCGAAUGGUCCAAGAAUGCCAAUUCCUGUCCAGUUGAUCGAACUCUAUUUAAGUGCAUUUGUAUUCGAGCUCAAUUUGGUGGUAAAAUAUUAAGAAAGAUCCCAGUGGAGAACACCAAAGCAAGUGAGGAAGAGGAGGAGGACCCGACCUUCUGUGAGGUGUGCGGCAGGAGCGACCGCGAGGACAGGCUUUUGCUCUGUGAUGGCUGCGAUGCGGGGUACCACAUGGAAUGCUUGGACCCCCCUCUCCAGGAGGUGCCGGUGAACGAGUGGUUCUGCCCGGAAUGCGCUGCCCCCGGCAUUGUCCUUGCCGCUGAUGCGGGUCCCGUGAGUGAGGAGGAGGUCUCCCUGCUCUUGGCUGACGUGGUGCCCACCACUAGCAGGCUUCGGCCUCGAGCAGGUAGGACCCGGGCGAUAGCCAGGACACGGCAGAGUGAGAGAGUGAGAGCAACCGUGAACCGGAAUCGGAUCUCCACGGCCAGGAGGGUCCAGCACACACCAGGGCGCCUUGGGUCUUCCCUGCUGGACGAAGCCAUCGAGGCCGUGGCGACUGGCCUGAGCACCGCCGUGUAUCAGCGCCCCCUGACGCCACGCACUCCCACCCGACGGAAGAGGAAGACAAGAAGACGGAAGAAAGUGCCGGGAAGAAAGAAAACCCCAUCCGGACCAUCCGCAAAAAGUAAGGGCUCAGCGACAAGAUCUAGGAAACGCCAACAUCGAGUGAAGAAGAGAAGAGGGAAGAAGGUAAAGGGUGCCCUGAGCCUGGGUUGGAACCUCCUCUCCCAUCCCUGUGCCCAGAACACUCCUGCGCGUCCUCCUGAGCUUUUUGUCCUCGGCUGGCCUGCGUGCUAUUUCUGUGGUUCCUUUCUUCUGUGGACAGCGUUCUGGGACCACAGCCUGGGGGCCCGGUGGCAGAGUGAAGCCACCACUCGCUCUCGAAUCGCGCGGACGCUGGGCCUGCGCAGGCCUGUUCACAGCAGCUGCAUCCCGUCAGUGUUGAAGCCAGUGGAGCCCUCUUUGGGGCUGCUGAGAGCGGAUAUUGGAGCUGCCUCUCUGUCUCUGUUUGGAGAUCCCUAUGAGCUGGACCCCUUCGACAGCAGUGAAGAGCUUUCUGCAAACCCUCUUUCCCCUCUGAGUGCCAAGAGACGGGCUCUGUCCCGGUCAGCCCUGCAGUCCCACCAGCCCGUGGCCAGGCCCGUCUCCAUGGGGCUUUCCAGGAGUCGCCCCCCUGCUGCGGUGCCAGAGGCAGACUUGGAGGAGGAGCCAGUGCCUGACCUGCUGGGCAGCAUCCUGUCGGGCCAGAGCCUCCUGAUGCUGGGCAGCAGUGAUGUCAUCAUCCACCGCGACGGCUCCCUCAGCGCCAAGAGGGCGGCUCCAGUUUCUUUUCAGCGAAACUCAGGCAGUGUGUCCAGAGGGGAAGAAGGAUCCAAGGACUGCCUGCAGCCCCGAGCACUGCCCUCUGGGAGCCCGGCCCAAGGCCCCUCAGGAAACAGGCCACAGAGCACAGGGCUAAGCUGUCAAGGCAGCUCCUGCAUCCCCACCCGCACCUCGGGGGCACCUGUGAGGCUGGACUUGUCAGCAACCCCUGGGUCGGUUCAGGCUCGGAACUUGUCAAAUGGGAGCGUGCCUGGCUUCAGACACAGUCACGGCCCCCAGUUCAACGGCACCAACAAGCACACUUUGCCCCUGGCUUCUGCCACGUCUAAGAUCUCGAGCAGAGAUUCUAAGCCCCCAUGUCGCAGUGUGGUGUCGGGGCCUCCCCUGAAACCAGCGCCCAGAAGAAUGGACAUCUCUGAGCUACCCAGGAUACCAAAGAUCAGGAGAGAUGACGGUGGUGGCAGACGGGACAUGGCCCCGGCCCAUGGGCAGAGCACUGAGAUCCCCAGCGCCUGCAUCAGCCGACUGACCGGCAGGGAGGGCGCUGGGCAGCCGGGGCGAGGCACGCGGGCAGAGAGCGAGGCCAGCAGCAGGGUGCCCCAGGAGCCCGGCGUGCACACGGGCAGCUCCCGGCCCCCAGCCCCCAGCUCCCAUGGCAGUAUGGCCCCACUGGGACCAUCAAGAGGGAAAGGGGUUGGGUCGACCUUUGAGAGCUUCCGGAUCAAUAUUCCUGGAAACAUGGCACAUUCCAGCCAGCUCUCCAGCCCUGGCUUCUGUAACACGUUCCGGCCUGUGGACAAUAAGGAGCAGAGGAAGGAGAACCCCUCACCCCUCUUCUCCAUCAAGAAGACGAAGCAGCUCCGGAGCGAGGUCUACGACCCCUCCGACCCCACCGGCUCCGACUCCAGCGCCCCUAGCAGCAGCCCCGAGAGGUCUGGCCCUGGCCUCCUGCCCUCUGAGAUCACACGAACCAUCUCCAUCAACAGCCCGAAGGCCCAGACGGUGCAGGCUGUGCGCUGCGUCACCUCCUACACGGUGGAGAGCAUCUUUGGUACAGAGCCUGAUCCCCCUCUUGGACCAUCCUCCACUGUGUCCAAGCUCCGGGGUGCAGUGGCUGCCGAGGGGGCCUCUGACACGGAGCGAGAGGAGCCCACAGAGAGCCAGGGCCUGGCUGCCCGGGUGCAGAGGCCAUCCCCACCGGAGCCCUGGGACGAGGAGGAUGGGGCGUCUUGCAGCACCUUCUUUGGCUCUGAGGAGCGGACGGUGACCUGUGUGACUGUCGUGGAGCCAGAAGCCCCACCCAGCCCGGGCAUGCCGCAGGCUGCCACCCACAGAGUCGUGGAGCUCAGGCCCCCUUCCCGGUCCCGCUCCACAUCCAGCUCCCGCAGCAGGAGGAAGGCCAAGAGGAAGAGGGUGUCCAGGGAGCACGGACGGACGCGCUCUGUGACACGCUCUGAAUCCAGGGACAGGAGCUCGAGGUCAGCGUCACCAUCAGUGGGUGAGGAGCGCCCCAGGAGGCAGCGGUCCAAGGCCAAGAGCCGGCGGUCCUCCAGCGACCGCUCCAGCAGCCGAGAGCGAGCUAAGAGGAAGAAAGCCAAGGAGAAGAGCAGGGAGCACAGGCGGGGCCCCUGGGGCCACAGCCGGAGGACGUCCCGGUCACGCUCGGGGAGCCCUGGUAGCUCUUCCUACGAGCACUAUGAGAGCAGGAAGAAGAAGAAGAGAUCAGCGUCCAGACCUCGCGGAAGGGAGUGCUCCCCCACCAGCAGCCUGGAGAGACUCCGCAGGCACAAGCACCAGCGGGAACACAGCCACGAGCGGCCAGACAGGAAGGAGAGUGCGGUGUGGCCGCGAGACCGGAGGAAGCGGAGGUCCCGGUCCCCAAGCCCGGAGCACAGGCCACGGGGACACAGGCGGCCACGGUCCCGUGAGAAGCGGCCGCGGACCCGGUCCCAUUCCCCAGAGAGGAAGGGGGCUGUGAGGGAGGCUUCCCCAGCACCCCUUGCACAGGGGGAGCCAGGGCAGGAAGACCUCCCCCCCAGGUUGCCAGCCUUGGAGGAGGCACGUGUCUCGCCGGAGGUGGCUACGGCCGACAAGGCCCCCCUGCAGGCUGCCCCUGUCCUGGAGGUGGCAGCUGAGUGUGAGCCCGACGACCUGGACCUGGAUUAUGGCGACUCCGUGGAGGCGGGACACGUCUUUGACGAUUUCUCCAGCGACGCCGUUUUCAUCCAGCUCGAUGACAUGAGCUCGCCACCUUCUCCUGAAAGCACAGACUCUUCCCCGGAGCGAGACGUCCCACCAAAGCCUGCGUUGCCCCCAGCCAGCCUGGCCGUGGCCGCCAUCCAGAGGGAGGUGUCGCUGAUGCACGAUGAAGACCCUUCACAGCCCCCACCUCUGCCGGAGGGCCCCCAGGAGCCACAUCUGCUCAGGCCGGACGCGGCUGAGAAGGCUGAGGCACCCAGUUCCCCGGAUGUGGCGCCUGUGGGGAAGGAAGACAGCCCCUCCAUGAGUGGGAGGGUACAGGAGGCAGCCCGGGCUGAGGAGGUGGUUUCGCAGACCCCCCUGCUGCGGUCCAGAGCCCUGGUGAAGCGGGUCACCUGGAACCUGCAGGAGUCGGAGAGCAGCGCCCCCGCCGAGGACAGAGCCCCCCGGGCACCACUUCACAGGCCACAGAAGCCCCGAGAAGGAGCCUGGGACAUGGAGGACGUGGCCCCUACAGGGGUCAGGCAGGCGUUCUCCGAGCUGCCCCUUCCCAGUCAUGUGCUUCCGGAACCUGGGUUCCCAGACACAGACCCCUCUCAGGUUUACAGCCCCAGCCUGCCGCCUGCCCCAGCCCAGCCCUCAAGCAUCCCACCCUGCGCACUGGUCAGCCAGCCCACGGUCCAGUUCAUCCUGCAGGGGAGCCUGCCGCUAGUGGGCUGUGGGGCAGCGCAGACCCUGGCCCCAGUGCCCACUGCCCUGACCCCAGCCUCAGAGCCAGCCAGUCAAGCCACUGCAGCCAGCAACUCGGAGGAGAAGACCCCGGCCCCCAGGCUAGCUGCAGAGAAAACCAAGAAGGAGGAGUACAUGAAGAAGCUGCACAUGCAGGAGCGUGCUGUGGAGGAGGUGAAGCUGGCCAUCAAGCCCUUCUACCAGAAGAGGGAGGUGACCAAGGAGGAGUACAAGGACAUCCUGCGCAAGGCCGUGCAGAAGAUCUGCCACAGCAAGAGUGGAGAGAUCAACCCCGUGAAGGUGGCCAACCUGGUGAAGGCGUACGUGGACAAGUACAGGCACAUGCGCAGGCACAAGAAACCAGAGGCCGGAGAGGAGCCGCCCACGCAGGGGGCUGAGGGCUGAGGCCGGGCAAUCACGGGCCAUGCCCAGGGAGCUGUCGGGAGUGGCGGGAAACGGGGCCAUGCCCGGGGAGCUGUCGGGAGUGGCGGGAAACGGGGCCAUGCCCGGGGAGCUGUCGGGAGUGGCGGGGAAUGGGGGGCAUCAGCAUGCCUGCCGUCAGGUUCUUGCGCUGACACCUGGUCUGUGCGCCUGUCUUGCUCACAGUUGAAAACUGGACACUUUUGUAUGUAUAUUAUAGAUACACUGUUUCCAUUCUAAUUUAUCAAAAAUGGAUUAUCUUUAGAAA